GCCCGCCCCGACCUCGAGCGCCGCCGUUGCCGUUGCCCCCGCCGGCCUCCGACCAUGCGCCGCGGUCCGCUCUAGCUACUCGAUGGAGCCGGGCAACUUCUACGAGGCGGACGCGCGCCCUCCGAUGCCCAGCGCCUUCCACUCGCACCCGCAGCCGCACCGCCCGCCGGUCUCCGCCGCCGCCGCCGCCGCGCACCUGCCCUCGGCCGCGCUCGGCUUCGCCCCGCCGGCGGCCCCCUUCGGCUACCUGGCGGCGUCGGAGCUGCCGGAGAUCUGCGAGCACGAGAACUCCAUCGACCUGAGCGCCUACAUCGACCCGGGCGCCUUCAACGACGAGUUCCUGGCCGACCUCUUCCAGCACAGCAAGCAGCAGGAGCGCGCCGCCAAGGCCGGCCUGGAGUGCGGCGGGGCCGGCAUGCCGGGCGCCGGGUUCCCGCCGGGCGGGGCCGCGCUCUACUGCUACGCCGACAAGCUGGAGGGCAGCGCCUACGAGCGGCUGGGCCAGGGGGGGCCGCCGCCGCCGCUGCCCGGCCUGCGCCCGCUGCUCAUCAAGCAGGAGCCGCACGAGGAGGAGGAGGAGGAGGAGGAGGAGGCGGCCGCGCUGGCCGCGCUCUACCCGCCGCCGCCCGCCGGCCCGCCCUGCAGCCACCUCCAGUACCAGGCGGCGCACUGCGCCCAGACCACGGUGCACCUGCAGCCCGGCGGGCAGCCCACCCCGCCGCCCACGCCCGCGCCCAGCCCGCACGGCCCGCCGCCGCCCCACCGCCUCCACGCCCACGCCGCCCCGCCGCCCGCCAAGUCCAAGAAGGCGCUGGACAAGGGCAGCAGCGAGUACCGGGUGCGGCGGGAGCGCAACAACAUCGCGGUGCGCAAGAGCCGCGACAAAGCCAAGCAGCGCAACGCCGAGACGCAGCAGAAGGUGCUGGAGCUGAGCAACGACAACGAGCGGCUCCGCAAGCGCGUCGAGCAGCUCAGCCGCGAGCUGGACACCCUCCGCGGCAUCUUCCGCCAGCUGCCCGAGAGCUCGCUGGUCAAGGCCAUGGGCGGCUGCUCCUGAGCGGCCGGGACAGGCGCCUCGGUCGCGGGCCCCCCGCCGGCUUGCCUUGCCGACCUCGGGCAGCCGCGGACAGGAAGCCGGGGCCGUGGGGAGCGCGGACCUCGAACCCUGGCCAGGAGCAAAAAGCGGGCGCCGGGCGGCCCGGAUUGGACCCUCCGCUUCUCCGCUCAGGGUUUUGGCCCGCCCGCCCCGUACUGUGAAAGCCGUCUCUCGUAGUUGUCGUCGUCGUCGUCGUUAUUAUUAUUAUUUUUAUUUUAUUGCUCAGAGCCUUGCCAUCUCAGCAGCCGGGACUAACGCUGUGCACAGAACUCUCCUUAGCCAUAGGGAAAAACUUUGCCAAACUUUGUCUCUUGUUGUACGGCCGGUGACUUUGGAGCCCUGGCUUGGAACCGGUGCAGAACUUUUCACCGAGCUUCACCUGGGUAGGAUGGGCCCUCCAGGGGUUUCAGGCACACACACACACACACACACACACACACACUGGUCAUUUUGGGGAGAAUGCUGAGCUCCUUUUUCACGGCCACUGCUUUGGACUCCACCUCCCAGUCAGCACUUUCAAGCAUCCGAUGGACAUCUUCACCUAAGUGCCAAUUUUAAUUGUACCGAGGUGUCAACGUUACCUCCAUCUUCCUAAGAAUUAAUACCCGGGAAUUCUCUCUUUGUAAGGUGUAUUUUGGGGGAUUAAACAAAGAUGCAAGACUGUUUUAGAAAUUCCAGUUUAAAAUCCCUAAAUAAAAUGCAAAUAUUCUGUCAUAAACCUUUAUUUUCCUGUCUGUUGUUUGCAGCUUCCCCUGGGAGCCUAAAGUUUUACUGGAAUUUUAUGUGCAAUCCAAAAUGCCUUUGGUUGCAGUCUAAACCUGAAGUAAGCCCCGUGGUGUUGAAUGGGACUUAGCUGGUUGGUAAAGUCGGUUUAUAUUACUCAGGGUAUUUAAACUUAUCCUUACUUGUCUUGGAUAAAGUUUUAUGUGCAUUUGUGACUGGCUGCUGAGAAGGGGGGUUUUAUAGGAUAGCUGGUUUGCUGAAAAUGCCUUGUCCUGCACUUUUUUUGGGGGGGAGGGGGAAGGUAUUCCAGGUGUGGAUCUCUUCCUCCAUGGCCUGGGAUUGGCCUGGGAUUCAUAGGUGUCCCAUUGUUAACUGUUUCAGAAGGUGCCAGUCUGGCACUCCCAACAGAGGAUAGAUGGAUAAAUAAACUUUUGCUAAAUUUUA